AUUAUCGAUUCAGUUUUUGUGUGAUUGAAUGUAGUUACGCGUUAAUUGCUUGUAUAAUUGUUUAUUGUAUGAACUUUUUUACUCGGAUUGUGUAAUUGAUUUGGAUUACUGUAGAUGAUUGCUUGAUUAGUCACUGAUUUAUGGGCAUAAAUUUGAUCGUCUUUUUUUUAGCGAAUCCUUUUUUGCGAAGAAAUCUGUUCUCUAUUUUGCUUGAAUUGGGAAGUGGUUUAGUUUUGGGGUUUUGUGCAGAUUAAUGAUUUAGGGUUUGAUCGUGGUGUUGGAGAACUUGUUAUCCUCUUGUUAGUCUGAUCUAAAACUUGUGAUUUAAAAAGGGGUGUGAAUUUUAUCAGACGCUAGUUUCAGUACAUGUAGAUGUAUUUGUUAAUUGUUUUUUCUUCAGUAUUGUGACUGAAUCUGUGAUACCCCUAGGAUUUAUAUCUUGUGUUGGAUUAGGAUUUCGAAACUAUGGUAUUUGUGUAGUCUUCUCUUAUUAGCUAAUUGACUGGCACUGGUGAGUGGUGACAUAAAUAUCAAUCAGGUUUCAAUGUGAGAGUUGUUUGUUUACUUGUUUAAGGUGAUGGAGUGAGGGUCGAGGGUUUAAUCAUGGUUCUAAAACAGAUUAUAUGCUAUUUUUAUUUGAUAUUCUACAAAUCAAGUUUUAGGAGAUCAUAAAACUUACAUGUUUUACAAAUGAUGAUAAUCAUAUCACUAUCUCAAGGAAUGAAAAGAAAAUAAAUGAACAGAAACAUUGAGUGGCUCACCGUCCAUUGCAUAUUUGAAGAAAAGAAAAACGCAAGCUUCUAUCCACCAUUGAUUCGUGCUACUUCUGAAAUGUAAUACCAAUGCUAACCAAAAUCCGUAUGCAUACUGUUCUUUAAUUUCUUUAAUUUCUGAAGAAAAUACACAAACCCUUUUGUGUUCUCACCAUCUGUUAAUGGAGCCAUUAUUCAAACACACCCUGUUUUCAUUCACUACUCCUUAUUUUAACCUUAUGUAAGCCUUGUGACAUUACUCUUGGCAGAUAUAUCUUUUAUGGCACCAGGGUAUAUAUUGGUUUGACGCUCAUGGUUUAACAUGAGAUGAAAAGAGUAAGGAGUGUUAGGAUGAUAAUUGGUUCCUUGCGACGACCAUGAGAAAUGUAGUGAAUAUGAUAUGCAUGGACUAGGGACCAGAGUCCAGAGAGGUAGGGGUGAAAAUGAAACAAAUAUUUUUACUGUCCGAUUGUCAGCUGGCUGGGUGGUGCUGUGGUCAGUAUGAGUUAUGAUGUUGCUUUCUUGCGUCAAAGAUCGUGUUUCCUUUUUUUAUAUAGUUGAUUGGAUGUUAGAACGAAGGUAUGUUAAUCACUCUAUCAGUGAGUUCCCACCCCACUUAGUAAGCAUUUCCGUUUCGUACAUCAUGUUCACUCUUUAUUGCUUUGAGGGACCACUUCUUUAGGGACUUCCAUUUGAAUUUUUGUCAAUAAUGAUGGUUGUUGGUAACUUUAAGUAUAAAAUUUGAUGUUCAUGGUAGGAAUAAAUUUAAGGUAGGAGGUCUAGCAUCAAUGUCUGAUGCAACACAAUCCACUUAUAGUAGAUUAUAUAUCAUUUCUUUGUAGUUCUUAGAAUAAUAAAAAGUCUUUUAUUAAUUAUAUGUUUGCACCUAUAUAGAGAGAUUUUGGUUAAAGCUUUUCCAGAAUGCAUGACAAGCAUCGUGUUCUUUUUGCUUGUAAUCUAGUUUAUGUAGAAGCUGAGUGUUUAAUGAUGUACCAAGCUAGGUCCUGGUACCAUAUGCAGCCAAUACAAAGUUGUACUCCUGAUAGGUUUGAUUUGUUAGGUUCACAUCAUACAAACAUGCUCAUGAUAUCAACCUAUCCAAUUUGUUGGACUACUAAGUUCUGCUGUUAUUCUGGUUGUGGUUCUGAAAUUAAGUUAUCAUUUUUGCUUUGACGUCCAUUGUCUAACUAAAAGUAUACAAAGAUUUUUAUGUGCUGCCUUCUAUAUACUAGCAUUUUUGUUGGUAUGUGUUGCAACUUCUUUUAUGUUGUUGCUGCAUCUUUUAUAUUAUGUAAUUUCGCUGAAAUCCUGAAACAAAGGCUUUUUAUGCUUUACUGUUUGUAUGAUUUAAUUUUGAAGCAAUUAUUGGUUAUGAAUUCUGCUAGUUAGGUUCAUGGUGUUGUCUUGCAGAUGGUUAAUUGAUAACUGAUGCUUCUCCAAUUAAAGUAUAGAUUAUUGUCAGUUACAUUACCCCUUUAUAAUUUCUCAAAAACUCACACACAUGUCAUAAUUCAUCAGCUUGUUGCUUAGUUUUCAUCGUGAAGAAUGUCAGGAUCAGAUAUAAGCAAACGGCAGAUGAAGAAGUCUUACAUAUGGCUUCAAACUUCUGAUGGCUCCAUUGAACAAGUGGAACAAGACAUGAUUUUAUUUUCUUCUUUCAUACAUCAUAUGAUGCAUGCAGGCAUGGGAUCUUCAAAAACCCGGCCAAUCGCUCUUCCAUCAUCAGUGACUCCCAUCAUACUUGGUGUGAUCCUUGGUUAUUUCCGAUUUCAUCGGCUUCCUGGACGUUCGGACUUGGAGCGGAAGUUCUUCGACGAGAAGUUCUUUCGCAUGGAGACAAGAAGGCUCUAUGAAUUGACUGCUUCUGCUUAUACUCUGCAAAUGGCACCAUUGGUUGAACUUUGUUGUGAUGCACUUGCAAGACAGAUUGAAGGGAAAUCUAUUGAAGAGAUUCGUCAAGCCUUAGGACUACCUGAUGAUACUACGGAGGAAGAGCGUUGGAAGACUAUCAAAAUAGCUCCUAAUGAUCCACAAGUCCGACUCUUGAAUAAACUACAUGCAAAAAAAAUGAAAGAAAAAGAGAAGGUAAUUUGUUUAGUCACAUACAAUUUUCUUGGGAAUUUGGCUUUAUUUUACUUGUUUUUCUCAUUUUCCUCGAGGUGUUGGGGUAGGGGGUUAGGACGGAGGCUGGUUAAGACUCUAGCUCGAGUCUGUUGCAAGCUAGUGUUACGCCCCAACCGAACUUUCUCACGACGUUCUAAACCCAACUCACGUCCCAAUUCCUUAUCGGGUGCCAUUACUUUCUUAUUGAUACUACUAAGUCUUGAAUAUGAAAUUUGAAAUUUAACUUUAUUUAUAAAAUUACAACUUAGCUUAUAAUUACAUCAGAGUUCAAAUACUAGUGGAAACGUAACUCAAUAGCUUAUAAUACAACAAAAUUUUGCUAUUGAUUAGAACAACACUACUUUAUGCAACUCUUCUUUACUCCUUCCUUGAGACAUACAUGAGAUACAUAAGCUAAAAGCUUAGUGAGUAGUUAUGGUUUCAUGAACAAACAAUUUUCAUGAUACUUAUAUUCUCUUUUUAUCAUGCAUAAAUAUUCUAUAGAUAUAUGUUGAGACAUGUAAGUAUGCCAUACUUGCCUUGAGGUUUGCUAACCCUGGGGUCCAUAAAGGCUGCCCCAGAAGGUUUGUUUGCAAGAAGUUCUUUUUUGUAAUAUCCAGUGCGUUGGAUAUUUAUGGUCAUACAUAACAUGCAUAAACUUUCAUGCCUUGUGUGUAAAACACGUACUUACAUCAUAACAUGUCAUCAUGCAUAUCUUGAAUAUAUAAAUGUAUCAACAUUUUCAUGUAAAGCAAACAUGCCAAAACAUCUUAUAGUCCAUAAGAUACUGUUAUAUAGCAUGUAUGUAUCAUAAAUCUCAUAAGGUACUCACCUUGAUUAUGCCUAGCUUUUUCUUUGAUUCUUUACUUCAAGCUUGAUAAUGUAUAGAGAGAGAUUUCUUAUUUUUAGUAUGGAACUAAUGGUAACACUUCAACCACUAUUGAUAGGUGAUUACAAUGCAUUAACUACUUCUUCUUCUUGCUUUCAUGGUUGUAUUUUUAUGAGAGUUUAACACCUCAUGCUUAAGAUAAAGGAAUCUUGAUACAUCAUGCUUCUAGCUUUUUUUGUCAUGCUUCUAGCUCUUGCUUGUCAUCAUGAAUUUUGGCAACACAUGCUUCUAGCCUUGACAACUCAUAACUAGCUUUCUUUGUCAUGCUUAGUAGACUUGCUUUGUCAUGCUUAGUAGACUUGCUUAGUCAUUAAAUAGCUUGGCAACACAUGCUUCUAGCCCUUACAACUCAUCACUUUAGGUUUGAUUUCUCAUGCUUUGCCUUGUAUGCUACUUGUAGACUACUUGUCUUGAAAAUAUGAUAAUUUAAUAGAUGCUACAACUGCUGGAACUUUUUAGAGUACUUAAGUUGCUCGUAAUAUUUGUAUUGAAGGCUUAGAACAUUGUAAUUUAAAAAAUAUAAAACUAGGGAAGUUACAGCUAGCACUUAAGGUUAUUGCUAAGUUACUCCAUAUUCUGGGAUGUCGAAAAAAACCCUGAAACCGAAUAACCCAGCCGAACCGAAUGAGGUUUAAACGUUUUAGGUUAGUCGGUUUUCGGGUUAAACAGUUCGGUUAACCGAAUAAAGGUACCUUACUAGUUCAGUUGAUUUUUUACUAAUUUGGUUAAACUUAAUAACCGACAUUAUACUAUUAUUUUAUAUUUAUAUUUCUAUACAAAUAAAUUGAAUAACACAUUAUACUAUUAUCAUUUUACAUAUUUUAUUGUUAGAUAAUGUUUUCUAUUCGGUAAGGUUUGCUUGAUUAUGUGUUCUUUUUACUUGAUGUGUGAUAUUGCUUGAAGAGAUUAUGUUUUGGCUGGAUAAUAUACUCUGUUUGAUAUUUCUAAAUGUGUGAUGCAAUUAUAUAUUGGAAAAAACGAGGAUUGCAUUCAGAAAACUUGUUGGAGACAAGCGUCCAACAAAAAAAAUAUGAUUUCUUAUUCGGUUUAACCGGUUACCAAACCGAAGAACCCAAAAACUGGAUAACCCGAAACCAAUUAAGGUGAAUCUUACUUGGUUUGGUUUUUGAGUAGCUUAGAACAAUCUGGAAAACUGAAUAAUCCAAAAACCGAUUUAAGCGACUGAAUAACACCCUUUUGCAUGUCUACUUUGAGACAGAUGGUAGCUGGGCCUUGGUUUCCGAAUGUAAAGGAUGAAGCACCACAUGCUGAUCAUCGAUCUAUCGAUGAGCUUUUGUCAUUUAUCAAUGGAGA